UAAUUUCCUAUAAGGUUUCAAAGUCUUCUUCCAUAGUACAAAACCUCGUAACUUUCUCUCUCUCUCUCUCCAAAGUUUUUGCACUUCUUUCACACUACUUCUCACCUCAUCUUCAGAAACAUUAAAAAAAUGACAAAAAUUUUCUUUCCUUAAAAAGCUAAUGCGUAUUCAACACCCAACCAUUUACGCUUUUGUAGUACGUGUUUUAUAGGCCACCAAAUAAACGAAUUGAAGAUCUUAAUUAGCCGCCGUAUAUGGGUCAUCGGAGCUUUUCUCCCCUGCCGGCUCCGCCGGCCGGUUCGAUAUUCACCGCGCCUCUGCACUCCCAUCACGCCGGUUUCCCGAUAAUAGCCGUCGCCAUUAUCGGAAUUCUCGCCACGGGCUUGUUGCUGGUCAGCUACUACGUCUUCGUCAUCAAGUGCUGCUUAAACUGGCACAGAAUUGACCUCCUGCGGCGGUUCUCGUUUUCCCGGCGGCGGCGCGUGGACGACCCCUUCCCAGUUUUCUCCCCGCCGGCCGUCGAGAACCGCGGGCUCGACGAGGCUGCGAUCCGUUCCAUCCCGGUUUUUCAGUACAAGAAAGACGCUGCCACCGCCGCCGCCGCCGCCACGGCGGCGGCGGCGUGUGAAUGCGCGGUUUGCCUGAGCGAAUUUCAAGAAACGGAGAAGCUGAGGAUGAUUCCGAACUGCGGCCAUGUCUUCCACAUUGAUUGCAUUGACGUUUGGCUUCAGAGCAACGCCAACUGCCCACUCUGCAGAAACAGCGUUUCCUCCGCCGCCACCGCCGCCGCCGCAUUCAUGAUUGCUCCGAGCACCACCCCGCAAGAUCCAAUCUUGAACAAUAAUAUUCCUAGUACCGAUAAUGACGAGGACGAUGACUACGUUGUCAUCGAGAUAAGCACUCAUGAUCGCCGCCGCAAUAAUAACACCAAUAAUCAAUCAUUAGUGAUCCACUCAGGUGAAUUAUCAUCAACCAUCUCAAUCACUCCCUCCCCGCGACCAAAAACCUCCCGGAAAAAGCCAAAGAACUUCGCCCUCGGCGACGAGUGCAUUGACAUCCGGCACAAAGACGAGCAUUUCCCAAAAAUUCAGCCCAUUCGCCGAUCUUUCUCCAUGGAUUCCGCCGCCGACCGACAGCUCUAUCUCGCCGUUCAAGAAAUUGUUCAACAACAAAGCUCCAUUCCGGAGGUUAAUGAUCUUAACGACGGUGGCACUAGCAGCAGAGUUAAAAGAUCAUUUUUCUCAUUUGGCCAUGGAUGGGGAUCAAGAAAUGCAGUUCAGCCAAUUCACCAGGAGCCUUAGGCCCCGGAACCCAAUAGAGUCGCUGAAAGAGGUAAAUCGCAAGUCACCCGAUAAAGUCGUGUACAAGAAAAUCGUCACUUUAUUAUUGGAAUUGUGACUUUAAGUCAGGUGGUCUAUCACUCGAGCUAGCCGGACUGGACAACCAUUUUCUUCAUUUAUUUAUUUUCUGUAUUAUUAUUAUUAUUAGUAUAGUUUUAGAUGUAGAUCAUGUAGUGAGUUUAGGCUUGCUUGCAGAGUACAGAGAAGAUUAGUUUGUGGGCAUCGAUUUUAUUUAACUUUUUUAUUAAGCUCUGGGCAGGGAGGACCAGUGGUCCAAUUUGACAUUUUGCCAUGAUUAUAGUCAUCAUUUCUUUAACCAA